UUAACUAGUUAAAAAGUUAAAGUUAAGUUGUAUGGUACUAAUGCCUUCAGUAUGUCUAAUAGUAAAAUAAAUAUUUAUUUUAUUUUAUUAAUAUUGGGACCCAGUUAUUUGUAACACGUAAUUUCAUAAAAAAAAACACAUGUGGCUGUGCACACACAAUGUUUUUAUGUUAUCAUGUUUUCUACAUUAUUUACGAGGACAUCAUAAGUUUACUUAGCUGUUAAGUUUUAAACACCCAAGUGUUGUAUUUUACCUACCUAUUCAGAAAUGCAGCAUAUUAUAUUCUUUGUAAAGUAACACUGAUGAUCGUUCUUUGUAAUUAUACGAACCAUAACACUAUGAUUUCUUAUAAAGUUUUAAUAGCAUUAACUGUGACAUAUAUCACAUGCUGCAGUAGUAGUACAGAUACAGAUAUUACAGAUAAAGAUAGGUGCUAUGAUUGCUAUGAAAAAUUAUAUGGUGUUGGAUUUUCGCAUCAUUCGGGAUUAAUAAACUACUGCUUUACACAACAAUUUUUAUUUAAAACAGAUGUGAAUGAAGAGCACGAAAAUAAACCGUUGAACCAUGCGAAUGAAGAGCACGAAAGUAAAACAUUGGAUCGUGAGUUUUUACAAUUAUUAUUAUAGGACCUAAAUUACCUUAGUAGUCCGCUACUAGACACACACCUUUUACUUUCGGUUAACUGCUGUAAUUCACGUGAGUGGUUAAUUAUCAUGACACUCUUGACUUUAAAUUUUAUUUUAAUUUAUCACAUUAUUACUAUUAUUUCAAACAGGUGUGAAUGAAGAGCACGAAAGUAAACCAUUGAACCAUGAUUGUCAUGAUGAAUCAACUAUCCAAGCAGGUUUUGAAAAAUUUAUAAAACAUGUGAAAGAUGAGUACCAAAAGGAAAAAUUGCAUGAAGAUGUAAUUGCAUUCUUCAAGUAUAAUGCAUCUAUAACAGCAGCCAACAAAUUACAAACACCAGAAGAAUUUUGUACUGACCUCUGUGAGUAAUAGUAUAAAUACAAAUAUAAAACACAUAAUAUCUUAGAAUGAUAUUAUGAUUUUAUUUAAGGUAUAUAUUGAUGUAAAUAUUUUACAAUUUUUAUAAUUUAUUUAUGUUAGAAAAAAAUGUUACGACAUGGUAAAUGUUUUAGAUCAGUGACGCAACAAGCCCCUC